AUGGUUACCAUCACACACGCAACCACGCGCGAUGUGCGCUUUCCGACGUCUCUUGACAAGACUGGCUCCGAUGCCAUGAAUGCUGCCGGCGACUACUCGGCCGCCUACUGCAUCCUGCACACCGACGGCCAGUUUGAAGGCCAUGGCAUGACCUUCACAAUCGGCCGUGGCAAUGAGAUUGUGUGCCAGGCAAUCAGCCAGCUCGCCCAGCGCGUGCAGGGCAAGUCCCUCGAGAGCCUCGUCGAGAACUGGGGCAAGACGUGGAGGUAUCUGGUUGCCGACAGCCAGCUACGCUGGAUUGGCCCUGAAAAGGGUGUCAUCCACCUCGCUCUCGGUGCUGUCGUGAACGCCAUCUGGGAUCUGUGGGCGAAGACGCUCAACAAGCCCGUCUGGCGCAUCGUCUCCGAAAUGUCGCCCGAGGAAUUCGUCAAGUGCAUCGAUUUCCGCUACAUCACCGACGCCAUCACCCCCGAAGAGGCCAUCCAGAUCCUUACCGACGCCCAGCAGGGCAAGGAGCAGCGUUUCAAAGAUGCCGAGGCCAACCGCGCUGUGCCUGCAUACACCACCAGUGCCGGCUGGCUCGGCUAUGGUCGGGAAAAGAUGAAGGGGCUGUUGGAGGAGACGCUGAAGGCAGGAUACAAGCACUUCAAGCUCAAGGUCGGCACUUCGAUUGACGAGGACCGCACCCGUUUGGGUAUUGCGCGCGAAGUCAUCGGCUUCGACAAGGGCAACAUCCUCAUGGUCGAUGCCAACCAGGUCUGGUCCGUGCCCGAGGCCAUUGAGUACAUGAAGCAGCUUGCAGACUUCAAGCCCUGGUUCAUCGAGGAGCCCACUUCGCCCGAUGAUGUCUUUGGUCACAAGGCCAUCCGCGAGGCUCUCAAGCCCUAUGGCAUUGGUGUCGCCACCGGCGAAAUGUGCCAGAACCGCGUCAUCUUCAAGCAACUGCUCCAGCAGGGUGCUAUUGACAUUUGCCAGAUCGAUGCCUGCCGCAUGGGAGGUGUCAACGAGGUGCUUGCCGUUCUGCUGAUGGCCAAGAAGUUCAACGUGCCCAUCGUUCCGCACUCGGGCGGUGUCGGCUUACCCGAGUACACUCAGCACCUUAGCACCAUCGACUACGUUGCCGUCAGCGGCAAGCUCAGUGUCCUGGAGUACGUCGACCACCUGCACGAGCACUUCCUCCACCCCAGCGAGAUCAAGAACGGCUACUACGUUACUCCUACCUCGCCUGGUUACAGUGUGGAGAUGAAGGCGGAGAGCAUGGACCAGUUCGAGUUCCCCGGCAAGGACGGCGUCAGCUGGUGGAAGAGUGCCGAGGCGAAGCCCAUCCUGGAGGGCGAGAGGAUAUGA